AUGUGGCGCAUGGCGCGUGUGGCCCGUUGUGGCACACGACAUGGCACAUGUGCUGGACUGGACGCAAAUACAUAUGCCAAGAGGGAACGUUCCUGUGGGCCGACGAGGACAUCGGUUUCGUUAAGUGGGGGGUCACUAGUGGAAAAACGGCUAGCGACAACUUUCGUUUGUGCCGCGCCGCACAUCCUUGUUGGCAACGCCGGCGUGAUCGACGACAAGUACCCGUCCCUCGCCGACACCACCACGGCGGACUUCGAACGCGCCUUCGUCGUGAACACACGCGGCGCGUUCCUCUGCCUCCGCGAGGCCGCCAACCGCAUGCCCCACGGUGGAGGCGGCCGGAUCGUGGCUCUGACGACGUCCGUGGUUGGGUCGCUCCGGACGGGGUACUCUGCUUACACGGCGUCCAAGGCGGCCGUGGAGGCCAUGGUGCGGACGAUGGCCAAGGAGCUCAAGGGCACGUGGAUCACGGCCAACUGCAUGGCGCCGGGGCCAACGGCCACGGACAUGUUCUUCGCCGGGAAGAGCGACGAGACCGUGAGGGAGACCGCGGAGACCAACCCGAUGGAGCGGCUCGGGGAGGUCGGCGACAUCGCGCCGGUGGUCGGGUUCCUCUGCACCGACGCCGCUGAGUGGAUCAACGGGCAGGUCAUUCGGGUCAACGGCGGGAUAUGUUUUACUCAAACAAUAUUCCUAAAUCUCAGUAACCACUACAAGGAUGGCACGAUUGAAAAGCAGAUGAGAUGCGAGCUUGGCUUCUGCAAUCAUGAAGAUAUAUCAGGAAAUUGCAAGGUUCGCUUCAGUAAAUACCUGAGUGCAGAACCGGUAGAUGGAGUUUUGACGUGUGUGGAGCAGGGGCGAACGGCGGAUGGUGUGUCGGCGAAGUCUGUGGAGGUGACAUUGGAUUGUUCCCAGAAGCAUUGUGUGGUAGUGCGCAAGCUCGACCAAGUCGACAGCCAACUCGAUGCUGCGGCAGGCUACCUGGAAGAUGUCCUUGUGGUGUUCCAUGCGUACAAUGGGCUCGGCGAUGAGAACGGCGGCAAUCUGGGAGUGCCCGCAUUCGGAUCACACGACUCGGCUCUCAUGCCCAAUGGCCUCCUUGUGGUGUCGUGCGCGUCCGGCGGGCUUGACAGUGAGAGCGGCGGCGAUUUGGAAGUGCUCUUGGUCGGAUCACACGGCUCGGCUCCCACCCCGAACGGCAUAUUCAUGCUCCUGCAAAUGCUCAUGGCCUCUGGCGAUGGCUGA